AUGCCUUCUAUUCAACCUAUAAUUUUUGUCACCGGCACAGACACGGACGUAGGAAAAACAUUUGUGUCCGGUUUGCUAGUCCUGAGGUGGCACGCAAAUUACUGGAAACCGGUUCAAACUGGACUGGAAUCAGAUCAAGGUGAUUCAUUGACAGUGUCACAAUUUUGUGAGUCGAACAAAGCAGUGAAAUGGAAUCCAAAAAUAUUCAAACCACUAAUCGAAUUGGACAAGCCUCUUUGCCCAUUAGAUGCAGUGAAGUGUGACCCUUCCAAUAAAGAACUCAGUUUAAAUGAUUUUAUUCUACCUGAUGAAACUGUUGCUGCUGUCCCAUUAAUUGUUGAGGGUGCAGGUGGAAUCUUUGUUCCAUUGAAUUCCAAACUGGAAGUAACAUCAGAUCUGAUUAAAAAAAUUAUUGACCAGACCGAAAGACCAGUUUACAUUGUCGUCGUUGCAAGAAGUGGACUUGGAACACUGAAUCACACUCUUCUGACGUAUGACCAUCUGCAAAUGAGGGGAUUGAAAGACCAUAUUCUUGGAUGUGUUCUUAAUGGUCCAGAGAACCAGCUAAACAAAGAGUCACUCGAAUUAUUUGGUGUCAGGGUUAUUGCAGAGAUUCCUAUUUUUGAGGAGACUUCUCAAUUGAAAUUGGUUUUAGAUAGUAUUCCUCCAUUUGAAGAGGUCGUAAAUGAAUUGUGA